AUGAGGAGGGCUGGGGAUGAUAAAGUUGAGAAUAAAAGGAAUGAACAGGAAGUGGUGGAGAAGGAUAUGAAGGGGAAGAAUAGAAGGGGAGAAGGCGGAAGAAGGGAGAGAAAGGAGGAAAGGAGAAAUCAUCAGAGUGGAACCGAGGAAGAAGAAAUCAGAAGUACGGGCAUCUUACCGAGAUAUCACAGUGCGAGUAAAUCCAGAACCUUAUCUAUCAAUAUCACAUCUUAUCCUUCUCCAGAAAUCACCUUCCAUAUGAUCCAAAGUAAGGAGAAACAUGAAUCCAAUAAGAUAGUCUUACCACAAAAGAACAUAGCCAUCAAAACCCCAAAGAUAUGGAGAGAUGGGAGAAUAACGGUUAUGGGUAUGACAUGGUUGUUAAAGAUUUGGUCUUAA